AUGAGGUAUCUCCCAGUCGCUCUUGCCGCUGCAGCAGCACAAGGUGCGCUUGCACACCCAGGUUCCCCACAUCCAGACGCGCAAGGAAGGUACACGAUCGAGGCCGAGGGAAUCAGGGCGCAAUUCAUUCCCUAUGCUGCUACUCUCACCAACCUUUUCGUCAAAGACCCGGCAGGCCAGGAGCUGGACAUCGUCCUAGGUUAUGACAAUACGUCUUACUACCCGGUCGACCCGGGACAUCCCGUCUACAAUGCCAUCCCAGGCCGAUAUGUCAACCGCAUUGGCAACGGCGAAUACUCCAUUGACAACGUCACGUACCACACUGAGAAGAACGAUGGCCCAAACACCCUCCACAGCGGUACAAACAACUGGUCCUUCAGGAUGUGGAACGUCAGCGCCGUGACCAAUUCGUCCAUCACCUUCUCCAUCAGCGAUGCUUCCAGCUCUUCGCUGGGUAUGAUUGGCCGUGUGGAUGCGAGUGUCACGUACUCGGUCUCAAAGAACAAGUGGCACAUCUCCAUGGAUGCCACAUCCCCAGAGGCCAAGACGCCGCUCAUGCUGACGCAGCAUACUUACUUCCAGCUCGAUGCCUUCAAACGCCCUGACAACCGCACGGUCUGGAACCACACUGUGUACAUGCCAGAGGCCAAACGUGCGCUCGUCGCCGAUGCGAACGCUCUUCCCACUGGCGAGAUUGCGCAAAUCCCCGCCGGAGCCAUUGAUGAUUUCUGGUCUGCACCGCACGAACUUGGGUUCGCGUCAGGCAACGAAGAAUUCGAGAACCACUGCGGAAACGGGUGCCACGGCUACAACGGCGCCUGGGCAUUCAACGAGGCCAGGAACAAGAGCGCAGCUGUGCUCACGCUAUCGAGCGCAUACAGUGGCAUCGAGGCCAAGCUGACGACGAACCAAGACGCCGUUGUCCUCUACACGUGCAAUUGGAACGACGGAAAGAGCGAGUUCAAGAGCACCCAGGGUGUUGUUGGCCAAGACAAAUUCAUCCCGCGCGACGGGUGCAUCGCUAUUGAGGCCCAAGACUACGUUGAUGGCAUCAACCAUCCGGAGUGGGGUCGGCUGGACAAGCAGAUCUCGGGCCCUGGAGACAAAUACCACUGGGAGUCGUCGUGGGAAUUUGGAACGAUCUGA